AUGACAAACUACUACAAUGACAGUGGAGGAAAUACUACUAAUUAUGGCACUAAUGAAACAUUACUUUUAAAAAAAGAUAUUGAUUCAGUUCAAGUUGGACAACAAACAGAGAACCCAAAACCAAAAAGAAUUAUUGGUAUUGUGAUUGUCAUUUUAAUUCUAUUGUUGCAAACUACGCUAUCAGAGUUUGGACAAGUUGUUUUAUUUGAUUUUCCAAAACCAUUCUUUGUUUGUAUGUCAUCAUCGGCCUUUUUAUUUUUAGCCAUACCAAUUGAAUUGGUAGCAUUAAAAAUUGAUCAAUCUAAAAAAUCAAACAAAGAAAAACAACCAUUGAUGGCACGUAGCAUUCAAGAAACCAACGACGAAUUGGAAUCCAACAACAACGACUCUAUGAUCGAGACUAUUAAAUCAGAGUUUUCAAAAUCAGAGUUUUCCUAUCCAAAGUUCUUUUUGGUUUGUUUUGGUAUGACCUUUUUAUUAUUGGUUACUAAUUGGUUAUGGAUGAUUGGUUUCUCUUUAACUGAAGUUAGUACUGCUACUGCUAUUUAUCAAUCGGCAACUGUUUUUGUAUUUAUUUUUUCAAUUAUUAUUCUUAAAGAUAAACCAACUCUGUUAAAGGUGGUUUAUGUAUUUUUAUUCAUUGGAGGUGUUGUUGGUAUUACUGUUGCCGAUCAACUCUCUGGUGACGAUUCUUCAAAAUUCCCACAUGCAGUCAUUGGUGAUAUUAUCAUGGUCGUAUCGGCGUGUCUAUGGGCAUUGUACGAGGUUUUGGUCAACAAAUUCUUUGGUAAAGCUUCAAGAACCGUUUUAAACUUUUUCAUUGGUAUGACCACUUUCAACAUGCUCAUUAUCGGUAUUCCAACACUUGCCAUUAUCAACAAGAUUGGAUUCGAACCAUUUGAUCUCCCAGACAACAAACAACUUACAGAUUUGGCAAUCAUGGCUUCAAUUGCUUUUGCACUUUUAUAUGUUAUGAAUAUUGGUUUAUCAAUUUGUAGUCCAUUAUUUGUUAGAUCAGGUGAAUUGAUGACUAUUCCAGGCACACUAUUUUGGGAUAUUAUUUUCAAACAUUACAAAAUGCCAUUGACUUCAAUUCCAGGUUUUGUGGCUAUUAUCGUUGGAUUUGUUCUAUCACUUUAUGUCGAAAACAAAGCAAUGAAGGAACAUGAUGAUCAAUCAUCAUCACAAUCAACCAAGAAUUCCUCCAAAGUAGAUCCUGAAAAUCAAAUAUCAUCAGAUGAUUUUGUUGAUAUUCUAGUUUCUACAUCCUCUUCCUCUUCAUCCUAUAAUUCUUAUACUUUUACUUCAUGA